GUGAAUCCAAGGACACACACGACCCGUCUGCUGAGGAGGAACAAACUGAGGAGGUGGAUUUCAGUUUGAGAAAGAGAAUAUUUACCAGGAAGUCACCGAAGAGGGAACACACACAGAAGAAAGAACACACACUCCGUUUCAAACCUGGACCACCGAUAGAUUUGUGCAGGACUCCACCGUGUGAAUAAUGGAUAUUGAUCCGGAAGUGGCCCCUGGGCUGGAGCCUGCCCCCCAGGACAGGGUGAAGGACCUAAAGAGGCAGACCGACGAGGUGAUUGAUACCUUGGAACAAAACAUGAAGCGCCUGGUUAAACGGGAGGAAAAACUGGAAGGCCUCGAGUAUAUUUCCAUGGAGCUGGAGGAGGAGACCAAGGUCUUCAAGCAGACGGCCAAAAAGGUGAAGCUCACCUACUGGUGGAAGAGCGUGAAGCUGGUCGUGGUCGUCGUGGUGGUCGUCCUCGUCAUCAUCCUCGUCAUCAUCCUCGUCAUCGUCCUGUUUGCCAAAGGGGUCAUCCCCAAACCAUAAACAACCUCACCCUCACGUAGACACACUCACAUACACAGACCUGUUUGUGUUCAUUUACAUGUACAAUAUUGCUCGUACACCGUCAUGAUCAUUCUAACAUACAUUCAGGGCAUUCAGACGCUUUCAUCCGAAGCGACUUACAAUAAAUCCAUUUGCCAGAAGAAAGAGAAACAACAAUAUAUCGCUGUCGGUACAGUAAGAAUGUUCCUAGAACCGACCAGGUUUCUUUGUGGUCAGUGUACAUGUUGAAGGAUAACGCAAAGGUAGGUCUACUUAAUAGGCUUUUAACACAGUUAAUUAAUUACAACCGUGGUGGUUGACUACAUUCGUGGACGUAUAAUCCUCGUUGUUAUAUGAAUAUAUGAAGAAUGCAUACCCCUUUUCCCGAAUCCACUUAUUAUGCGAACUGCCAUUCGCUACAUUAUUUUACCGUCCGAUUAAAAAGUAUGUGUAAACAUUGUAUAAUUAAAAUAGCAUAGGCUACACAGGUUGGGGGUUGAGUCCAUCCUUUAUUUCAGUUGUGUGAUUCUUAUUGGAAAAUGCUGCAUAUUCACAUAUUUGCAUGUGAUUCCUUUUUCAGUUCUCCCCUUUUUUUCAGUGUGCUUAUCUGAUAGGUGCCAAUGUACCGUUAGUCCUCUUCGAAGGCUGACCAAUCCCAGCAGUUUGUUUGACUUCCUUCCCACUUCUUUUCAUGGACGUGUGUUAAUGAUGUUAUAAGUAUUAAAACACUUUGUUCCCUU